AUGGUAUUCUUAUCCAAGGUACUAUCCUUUUCACCUAAAUCCAUUUCAAGAUUCAUCUUUGCACACUCAUUCUCAGAUUCCUCAUUGCCAAAAUCACUAAUUUCUCGGAUUACAACUGCAUUUCACCAAGAAAACCCUAAAUUAAUUGACCCUGUAGUGUCAUCCAAAAUACAGUCUUGCCACCUUGAAUCAGUUAUUCAUGAGUUUCGGUCAAAACCCACUUCAGCAAUUAGAUUUUUUAAGUGGUAUGAGAAUUUUCUUGGGCUUAAUCACACACGUAAGUGUCAUUCUAUGCUCUGUCAUUUAUUGCUGAGUAAGCGUAUGUUCGAUGAUGCUAGAUGGGUUUUUGCUAAAAUGGCUGAAAAGUUUGGGGAAUUUGAUUGUUUGGCUGUUUUCGAUGAAGGGUUUAAGGUUUAUGGUGCUGAUAGAAGUACUGUUUAUAGCUUCUUGGUUGAUGGUUAUUGCAGAAUUGGGAGGAUCAAUCUGUCUGUUGAGUUGUUUUUUCGAUUGUGUAAAAUGGGGGUUUCAGUUUCGCAUUAUGCAUUGUUGAAAAUGUUGAGUUCUUUGAUUGAUUUGAGGCGUUUGGAUCUUAUUCUAGAUGUGUACAAAGAAAUGGAAAACAGGUCCAAGGGAGAGCCAAAGAGGUGCUUUGAUAUGUAUGGCUUUGCGAUGAAUGGUUUUUUCAAGAAUGGAGAGGCUAGCAUUGGUUUAGAGUUUCACCGGAAAAUGAUUGAGAGAGGUUCUAAACCUGAUAUUGUAUAUUGUAACAAGGUUUUGAAGAGUAUUUGUUGUGGUUAUAGUUCUAUUGAAGUUGCUAACAAGUUACUUUUGUUAUUACUAGAUGUAGGUCCAAGACCCAAUGUGGUGACGUUUACCACAUUAAUUAAUGGGUAUUGUAAAGAGCAAAGAUUGGAAGAGGCAUUUAAGCUUUAUGUUUUGAUGAUAGGGAGGGGUAUAGAACCUGACCUAAUUGUGUAUAGUAUUUUGAUUGAUGGACUAUUCAAGGUAGGGAAAUUCGAAGAGGGACAUCAGCUUCUCUCUACUGCAUUGGGAAAAGGAGUUAAAUUGGAUGUGGUAAUUUUUAGUUCCAUUAUUGAUGCUUGUGUUCGAGAUGGAGAUGUAGAAAGGGGGAUUUUAGUGUUCAAAAAAAUGUUAAAGGAAGGGAUCUGCCCCACCCUGGUUACCUAUGGCAUACUUGUAAAUGGCAUGUGUCAAAUUGGACGCUUGCACGAGGCUUUUGGUGUUUUAGGUCAGAUGCUAACAAAUAGUGUUGAGCCAUCUCUUCUAGUUUAUAGUAGUCUAAUGGAUGGCCUCUGCAAGGCUGGGAAUUUGAAAGGUGGUAUUAACUUGUAUAGACAUAUAUUAAGGAGCGGCCUUCUUCCUGAUGUCAGAGUUUAUAGUGUGCUAGUGAAUGGUCUUAGCAAACAAGGACUGUUGGAUGAUGCUACAAGAUUAUUCUACCAAGCAGUAAAGACUGGUUUAACUCCCAACAUAUAUUUGUUUAACACCUUACUUGAUGGUUGGUGUAGACUGAAUCAAGUAAAGAAGGUGGCUAACCUAUAUAGCCAAAUGGAUUCUUAUGGUGUAACCCCUGAUAUUGUGACUCAUACGACACUUAGCAAAAGUAUCUCUCAACGAGGAAAAGUGCAUCUGAUGUUACUCUUUCUUUUCAAGAUGCUGAAAAUGGGUUUCUCUCCAGAUGUAGUGUCAUAUUGUACUUUAAUUGAUGGACUUUGCAAGCAUAACAAUCUGACUGCUGGCUUACAGGUUUUCUCCCUGAUGGUCAAAAAUGGAGUAAAUCCAGAUAUAGCCAUCUACAAUGUUCUUAUUCAUGCAUUUUUCAAUGAAGGCAGGUUGAGAAAUGCACUGGAGCUCUUCAGGCAGGUUUCUUGUUGUGGGCCAGAACCAGACAUUGUAACAUAUAACACUGUAAUUUAUGGGUACUGCUCAAUGAAAAUGUUGGAUGAGGCCAUUCAACUUUUUGAAGAGCUGAAACUCAGACAAAUUAGAUUCAACUCAAUUACCCUUACUAUUCUAAUUCAUGCAUUUUGUAAAGAAGGAAGAUUGGAUAAUGCCAUGUCAUUAUUCUCUGCCAUGCUGGAAACAGGUCCUGCACCUAAUGUGGUUACUUACAGUUCUUUGCUAGAUGGCCUUUUUAAAUCUUUUCGCAUGGAAGAUGCUUUCAAGUUAUAUGGAAAAAUGCUUGGGAGCAAUGUCUCUCCAAAUAUUCUGAGUUAUAGCAUCCUAAUUGAUGGUCUUUGUAGAAGAGGACUUGUGCAAGAAGCAUCUAAAACCUUUUCUUCUGCUCUUAGCAAUGGUUUAGUGCCUGAUGUAGUAGCAUAUGGGAUUUUGAUUCGUGGUUACUGCAAAGUUGGUAGGUUAGUGGAAGCCCUAUGCUUGUAUAACCGCAUGCUUGGUGAUGGGAUUGAGCCAGAUAGUGUCAUAAACAUGACACUCAAAGAAUUUCAGCUUGAAAAUCUUCUCGGAAGAAGUACAUGUGCUCCACUUCAGGAGUUAAACAGGAGUUAUCGUCUUACUGGAAUGCUGUAAAAAGUCUAUUUUUUUGUCACUUGUGAUGGUAAAUUGUAAAUGUAUGUUUAUGUCGCUAUGUAUGAUAUGUACUGAAUACCCGUCACGUGUACAGAUUUUGUGUUUGUACUAUGGUACAGCAUUACAGAAAGGUUUACUUUUGGAUAAUUUUGGUUAA